AUGGGCAUGAUAGAGCGACAGCAGCAUGGUCCGCCAGCUCGACAGUUAUACGUAGCGUCCGCAGCUGCGUACACUCCUGCGGCCUCCGCUUACUCCCCAUAUCUCGACAACGGGAUGAUCGAAAGAAGUCUCGCUGCACUUCAACAAACCACCACUGAAAUCAUGGGCGACACCGCCCCCGAGGCUACUCCGCCCUUAUCCUCGUAUGCCCACGCUGAAGGCGACAUGGUCCUGAACGAUCCCGAGGUCACAGCUGACGAUGCCGAACCCCAGUCACCCAAUCUGUCUGAUAUCAUUGGAAGUGAGACGCCUUCUGAAGACGAUGGUGAUGACGAUGACGAGGAUGAGGACUUUGACCCAAAUAGAAGAGGCACGAGUUUGGUGGUACCGAAGCAUCGGGAGGUCAAGGGAUUCGGGAUGAGGACACGACGAAGCAUUGGCAAGGCGAAACGAUAG